CACGGUAAAGGAAUUAAUUAUUCUUUGUUUUUAUUUGCCGAUCGUUUAGUAAACUUUCAAAUAUAAUAAACAGGAUUUCUAUACGCAUUUAAUGACAUUUUCCAUGUGUACAAUGAAGUGCUUGUCAUAACUGAGGAUUCCGACCUUGAGGUUACUGGUUCAGUGAACCUAAAGUACAAACUGAUAUACACGUAUAAAUUUGCCAGACCAGUAUCGACACUUUAGUUGAGAAAAUGAUUUCCACGAAUCAUUCAGAGGAAAUCAUCCUUUUUCAUUCAUUGAAAGACAUAAAUGAUGCAGAGGCAAAGCAGCGACUACCGACCAUUAUUUACUUAGCUUUUCUUGUUACAUUUGGCGUUAUCGGCAACAGUUUGGUUCUUUUUAUUUAUGGAUUUAAGUAUAAACCUUCUAAUUUGAGAUGUUAUGUUUUAUGUUUAGCAGUUUUAGAUUUAACUGCUUGCUGUAUUUCUAUGCCGUCCGAGAUCGUAGAUAAUGCUUACCCUCACAUGUUUUAUAGUGAAGGCUUUUGCAAGUUUUCAAGGUUUAUAGGAGACAUCUCUAAGCUAGGAUCAGCUUUUGUGUUGACUGUAAUGGCAGUUGGGAGGUAUAGGAAGAUCUGUUUUCCUUUUAGUGAGGACAUGUCUCUUAAAACAGCAAAGAUAAUGUGUGUUGUGGCAAUAUCAGUAUCUGUUCUUCUUUCAUGGCCUACAGCUUUUAUCCAAGGUCAAACAGUCGAACACUUUCCCGGAAAUAUUACAGGAUAUGGAUGUUCAACUGAUGACGAUUUCAGACCGACAAAUUAUCCAUUUGUCCAAGCUACUGUCUUACUUGUCACUUUUGCGAUAGUUUUUUGCGUCUUGAUAUUCUUGUAUGGGAAAAUUAUAUGGGAAUUGCGUGACCACUUCAGGAUGAAUCGCCUUAUGAAGCUAGAGAAUGGAUUGAAACGAAAAAAACAUACUGUAACAAAAAUAUUCUUGUGUUUAACUCUCGCAUAUAUUGUAAGUUACAUACCGUACUUGACACUUAAUGCUAUUAGGACCAUAAAGCGAGGCAAUGUGAUGCCACCUAGUCCUAUAGUUCUUGGGAUAUUACCAAUUUUGUUCAGAUCGUACUUUAUAAACAAUGUUGUGAACGUUAUUGUGUAUUACAUUGGGGAUUCUACAUUUAGGAAAGUAUGUCGUAGGCUAAAACAACUCGCUGCCGCUAUGUUUUGUAGCCGGAAGAAAAUUGACAUGGAACUUCGCAUUGACCGUUCAACAAAAGCUGUUUUAUUGGGAUGAUUUGAUAUACAUGUCGUAUUGUAAUUGUAGUGUCUGGUUGACAAUCAAGUGUACUUAAUUGGAAUAUUAUAUAUUCUAUGUACUCUUUAUUCUUAUUUGGAAUAUUUUAUGUAAAUGUUUCUUUUGGAAAUGUAAGUGAAUAAUAUGUUGUGAAAUAUUUGUAAUUUUUUAUCAAAUAGAUCUGCGAGGUAGAGGCCUACAUCUAUCCAUCAGCUAUAAUCACAGGCGCUUUGGGAAUGGACCCCCUUUUCCUGAUUUUGCUAGUGUAAUGUUGACAAUCGAGUGCCGUUAAUUUGAAUGGACCCCCUUUUUUCUGAUUUUACUAGUGUAAUGUUGACAAUCGAGUGCCGUUAAUUUGAAUAUUAUAUAUUCUAUAUACUCUUAAUUCUUAUUUGGAAUAUUUUAUGUAAAUGUUUCUUUUGAAAAUGUAAGUAAAUAAUAUGUUGUGAAAUAUUUGUAUUUUUUUAUUAAUAGAUUUGCGAGUUGUUAUGGUUGUAGGCCUACACGUAUCAAUCAGCAAUAAACAUUGUAAUAACAUUGAACGAAAACAAGAAAUUAAUACCUAAAUAUAAUUUUCCUUGAAACUUUUAUUUAGCGAGAUUGGAAUUAAUAGCCAUACCAUUAGUUACCCUUGACUAUCUUGAUUGUAACCUAAAAUUACGGUCGUUGAAGUUAUCAUAGGCCAAUGUUCAUUAUCACGAUUAUUGUUGACAAAAACUAAUUAGUAUUUAAGUACCUAUCAACAAUAUACAGUAUUCAGUGAAAAUUUUAACCUGUCUAAUAGUUUUUGUAGUUAAAUAAAAGUGUUAUUGGGUAAACUUGGGGGGGGGGGGGGGAUAAAAAAUACCAUGCCAAAGACAAAAUUACUUUAAAAUCCAGGAAACAAGCUCUUUUUUGUGACUCUAUUAAAGCUAGUCAUGGUUAUUGUGUUAUUUCUAAAAUGGUAAACAUUAGAAUUAGUAAUAGAAAAUUACUAUUAGAAGUUAGUAGAUAUACUAGAACGCCUUUAGAACAUAGAAUUUGUCCACUUUGCAAGGAUGGAAUUGAACAAAAUUGAAGAUGAACUCCAUUUCCUCAUUAAAUGUAAAGCGUUAGAAUUUAAUAGAAAUAUACUCUUUUGUAAUUUAAGUGAUAUAGUUCCAUAUGUCUGAACGAGAUAAAUUUAGUUUCAUUUUGAAAAGUAAUGGUACUGACAUGUGUACUGUAUGUGUAGCUGGAAUAAGCGAUAUUUAUGAUACAUUCACAUGAUUUAAAGCAAACAUAAUGUUGUUAAGAACUGUUGUAGUAUUAAAGCUUAUUGUUAUAGCUUGAAAACAUAGUACGAAUAACACCUCUACGCAAUGAAGAUAUAACAUAUGUGUCUCUUAUCAUUGCGAAAAUAUGUCUCUGUAUAUAUAUAAAUAUAUUUGUCUUUGUUUAUUUUGUCUUUGUAUUUUGUAAGUGCCAGCUGGUAUCAUUCCUGUAUUGGAAUUUACACCAAUAAAAUUAUUUGAUUUGA